GUUGUACCAUCCAAUUUACAGCUACAGGCUGAAGGAAACAAAGGCUGUACAAAGUGAUUGAAUAAGUGCCGGUAAAGACAAGAAAAGAUUCUAUCGCAAAAGUCGAAAUCAUGAUUGUGAGUGAAGAGGAUGUAGAAUCUAUCAAGGAUUGUCCAAAUCUUAUAAGUAAAUAUAGAACUCCAAAAAUUUUUUGGUAUCAGACAGAUAAUGCAGUUCACGUGCGAAUCAUGCUAUCAAAUGUUGAAAAGUAUCGUAUUAGUGUUGAUUCUGACACAUUCAAAUUUACUACGGUAGUUGAUGCGAUUCCAUAUUUUCUUGGUUUGAAGUUAUGUGGAACUGUCAUUGCAGAGAAAACUUCUCAUUUGAUGCUUGGUCGAGAAGUCAAAGUAUGCUUCAUAAAAGCACAUAAGUGGACAGAUUGGCCCAGAUUACAGUUAAGUAGAGUAAGAAAUCCGCUGAUAAUUGUUGAUCCAGAUCAUGUUGUUAAAAAGGAUUGGAACAAUCCAUAUGCUAGCUUUGAUGAAAGAGAGACUUUUUCAGAGUAUAGAAAGCGCAUGGGUAUUAGUAAUGUUCCUCCACCCGAAUCAACAGAUGAGGAUUCUGACUCUGACGAUGAAAAAGUGCAAGCGUAUGAUUUAUAACAAUAACUAUGAAGUGAUUUGUUUUAUAUAUAAAUCAAAAUCAUUAGUUUCAAAGUGAUUUAUUUUCUAUGUUAGAGAAAUACUUGUAAAUAUCAUUAGAUUUUCUAAGUAGAAGCUUCAAAUUUUGUACUCUUAUAUCAUACAACAAAUAAAUGUUAUUAAUA